AUGCAAUCCCUUCUUCGUGCUGCUCAUUUUGCGUUGAAGAAUUUUGAAAGCGAGGACUACCUCUUUUAUGCUAUAAUGGAUGUGCUAGAUGACCCUUCUGUGGACCUCAAUACUAAAUCUACAAUCUUCCAGUUUAUUGAUAUUCUCAUCCAUGAGUCUUUUUUCAUCUCGCAGCAGGCUAAUUCAAACUACAAUUACCCUUACGUGCACAAUCUUAAAACUGCCUUGCCGAAGAUUAUGUUGAAAGUACUCCCAUCGACGAACAACGCCAACCUUUAUAAUAUAUUCAACAACAUGAAAAACAUCUCAGAAUCUCUCAAUAUUAACUAUAGUGAUUUCGAGAAGCAGUAUCGCUCCGUGAGUCUUCUACUUCCUCCUGAAGAACAAGAGAAUAUUGACCAGAAUAUCCCGUACCCUGAAGUUAAAUUAGACGAUGUUGACACCGAGGAUAAAGAUCCAGCAAUAAAAGCGUGGCAUAUCCUCCUUCGGAAAAGAAAGCAGAGUCAAUACGAAAGGCUUCGCCUAUUGAAGCACGGCCCUGUUCAUGAGGAGUCAGUUCCUGAAGAUGAAAUUUUCUCGAUUAGGCCAAAAACUACUGAUCAAAAUAAAAAGCAUACCGAUUUUGCACUAACCAAAAAGCAAAUUCUAGCUCGAAUGGAAGACGAUAGAGAAACUCACAAAAAGCUGAAAGAAACGCUAUGGGUGGUGAAUCGACCCAGCGGCACAAACGCAGUCACAGAAGAUGAGUUCGCCAACUACUACUGGAAUCGUAUUGAGAAGAUUUCAGACAAGCAAAACCACGAGUUUCUUGCGGUAUUUGACGAACUCAACAAGUUGGCGGCUGCUAGCUACAAAGAUAAGCAAUUCUAA